GAUAUUUCAGUUGCUCCUACUUGCUGAAUGUGUUAAGAGGUAUUUUUCUGGAGAGCAAAGCAAAAUCGAAGUGUCAGGUAGUUUGUUAGCUACAUACAAGCGGAAUGGAGGAGACGGAGGCCGUGUCGAAUGCAAUGAGUUCUGUUAGUCUGGACCCGAAGAGCAAUAAUAUGGACACUUUCAGGCUUUACAUGGUCACAUGGAAUGUCGCUACAGCUGAGCCUCCUGAUGAUGUCAGCUCACUGCUACAGCUAAACUCUACCCAGAAGAUGGAUCUCUACGUCAUUGGUCUACAAGAGGUGAGGGCAGCGCCUCUGAAGUUUUUAGCAGACCUGGCCUUUGAGGACUCUUGGACUCGCCUGUUCAUGAACACGCUGGCUCCACUGGGCUACAUUAAAGUGGCUUCCAUACGAAUGCAGGGCCUACUGCUUCUACUCUUUUCGAAGUUAGAGCACGUCCCCUUCAUCAGAGACAUUCGGGUCACGUACACUCGCACCGGGAUCUGUGGCUACUGGGGUAAUAAAGGAGGUGUGACCAUCAGUCUGUCCUUCUAUGGCUAUAUGAUCUGUUUUCUCAACUGUCAUCUGGCUGCCCACAUGAAGUAUGCCACUGAAAGAGUGGACGAGUUUGAGUACAUCCUGGACUCACAGUCCUUCGAUGGCAAAAAUGCCUCAUCUGUUCUAGACCAUAAGGUGGUCUUUUGCUUUGGAGAUUUGAAUUUUCGCAUUGAGGACCAUGGAAUACACUUUGUUCGCAACUGUAUUACCAGCCAAAACUUCCAUUUACUUUGGUCCAAGGACCAGUUGACUAUGAUGAAGAAGAAGGCAUGUGUACUGCAGCAGUUUGACGAAGGGCCACUCAAUUUUCCACCUACUUAUAAGUUUGACUUGAACUCUGAUAACUAUGACUCAAGGGUUCAGAAGGCUUGGUUUGAGCUUAACGGCAAAAAACGGAAGCCUGCGUGGUGCGAUCGGAUUCUAUGGCGAGUAAAGGCCAAGCCACCUGCGCCGGAGGAAGAGGAUGAGGUUGGUGGUGAUGAUGAUGAUGAUGAUGUAGGCAAACAGAAGACGUCAGAAGACAUCACAGAGGAGUAUCCUAUGACGGUGGCUCUGGACGUCUACACCAGUAACAUGGAGUAUGGCGUCAGCGACCACAAACCUGUCAUUGGUGUCUUCUCCCUGGAGCUGAGGAAGCUGUACAACUCCCCACUGGUGUGUGUGUCUGCUGAGGGUGACUGGAGUGCAGACCAAGAUGCCGUGGUGACGUACAGCUUGCUGCAGCCGUUUCCGUCCAGCACCUGGGACUGGGUUGGCCUCUAUAAGGUGGGGUUCAAAAGCAUUUCUGACUACAUCACCUACACCUGGGUGAAGGAUAACCUACUGGCUUUCAAUGAUGAACUCAUAAAGGUUUAUGUGAGCAAGGAGGAAAUCCCAGUUGGAGGAGGAGAAUGUGUUCUCUGUUACUACUGCAGUAACCUGCAAUGUAUUUUGGGCAUUAGUGAACCUUUUAAAGUACAUGAGUCCAGAGCAGUGGCUGAAGGCAGCUUAUUGUCAGAGAAUACAGACUGAAGUCGACAGUAGGACCAUGCUGCCUUCAUUUUGCCAACAGUGCACUUUGAGACUGCUAUGUGUUAAACAGUCUUUUUUAUACUCUUACUUAAAAUGUAUGAAAAUUCAAGCAAGUGCAAUUUCAUCAGAAUACUGUGUAGUGUUUCUCUUUAUUUUCUUAUUAUUCCAUUACAGAUCUUAUCAUUUUAAACUUUAAAAUUCCAGUUUUCAAAGGCCUGUAAGAAGAGUUGUUUUAAAAAAUGAAGCUUUUCUUGACUGAAUGUGUAUUGCAUUGCUGUGUUGGAGCCUUCCUGUCACUGUAAUAUGAGGGCCUUCUAAAUGUGCAUUUUAUUUUACUUUUACAGAUUUCAUGUUUUCUUCUCCUCAGAUCCGUUAAUAUGUAUUCAUAUUCUCCUCUCUGUGCCAUCAGUGUUACUGUUAUGUUGCCACUCAGUUUUAUGUAAAUCAGAACUUUGUGGAACGUGCUGUAGGGUCACUUUGCACUGAUUCUUUGACGUGUAGUUUGUAUGAUUUUACAAGUAUGUUAACCAGCAGCGAUGCUGCAUUCAUCUGUUAGAGUAUUGUCACGCCAAAUUUGUACGUUAUGAGUUAUGAAUUUAAUGUUGUGUAUGUAUACUUAUUUCUUAAUAUAUGGCACACAGAUUUAUUGAUAGUUCACUGUAUUUAUGAUUUGUGGUAUAUAAAUGAUGUAAAUUGUCACAUUCCCAUGAAUACAUCAAUAUAUAUUUUAUAAAUAAGCGAAAUAUUGAAAUAAA